UUCGGGUUGCUAGGGACGCGGGGCGGGCCGUGUGCCGGAAGCGGCGGCGGCAGCGGCGGAUGGAGGCUGAGCGGGAGCGGGCAGAGGUUCCCCGCCGGGCGGGGGUGCCCAGGAUGGGCCGGCGGGCUCGCCAGGACCUCUUCUCGGGUGAGAGUCUCAGCAGGAAGAACUCCUCUUCUGCGUCCACGGGAGAGGAUGAAGACCCAGAGGAAAAGGUUGAUCAUGAACCACCACCUAAACCCCCACGCCGGCAAGGAGGCUGGGCAGUCGAUCCUGUACUGGUGCCUGCCAAGUCAGGAAAAAAGCAUGCAGAAGAAGUAGAAGACCAUCGUCUCAGGCAGCAGAGCCAGGAAGUAUCAAGUGAGGGAGGAGAUAUUCCUGUGAUCCCUGACUUAGAGGAAGUCCAGGAGGAAGAUCUGGCCAUGCAAGUGGCAGCUCCCCCCAGUGUGCAAGUGAACCGAGUGUUGACCUACCAUGACUUGGAUAAAGAUCUUUUGAAGUAUGCUGCCUUUCAGACUCUGGAUGGAGAGGUUGACCUGAAGCUUCUCACCAAAGUCCUGGCUCCAGAACAUGAACUACGGGAGGAUGAUGUCUGCUGGGAUUGGGACCAUCUCUUCACAGAGGUAUCCUCAGAACUAGUAACUGAGUGGGACAUGGGACAAUCUGAGAGAGAGGACCACCUCAGUGUACCCUAGAGCACUGAUACACCAGACAUCUCCUCAUAUACACAUUCCCUGUAAAUAGUUUAGCACUUUAAUUUUCUAUUCUCGUUUGUGUUUGAGAAUAUAUUUCAGACAUGGAAAUAAAUAGAGCUUGCUCUGUAGGAAAACUGGCUCAGGAGAAGUUUUGGAUAUUUUGUAAUAAGACUCUUCAUGCUCAAAAGAGAUUAACAAUUACGAACACAAUAAAUUAUUUACUUAGGAACAGUCACUGCCACCUUACUGCAGCACCUUUACAGAUAACUGCAAUGGUCAGUCUUUCUUCAACCAAAAUGUAGCCUCUCUGGGAGACCGUCUUACAGUCAAAGAAUGGAGUGUGGUUUUCAGUGAUGGCUAUCAGAGAAGCUUAGGUUGGUACAAUUUGUUUGCCUAGGACUUCAAGAUUAUCAUCUUCCCGCAACAUAUGCCACAGAUUGUCAGGAUAUCUGUUUUACAUUUCGUCCAUCAGCCUCCUGCCAUCCCUUGCUGGUUUAACAUUUGCCCUGGGUCCUUACCUCUGUAUUGACUCAGAGGAAGCAGUAUCACGUACUAAACUGCCUCUACUGCUUCUUACAGCACCUUUUUUUCUUCUCCUGGAGGUAUCCCAGCCAAGAGCUGACCAAGCCUAACCCUGGUUAGCUUCUGCAGUCAGAUGAGAUCACAUCUUGAAUGGAGUUUGCUCCAGGCAGUAGGUAGUUUGCAAAGAAAAUGCUGCUCAUUCCACACGUGAAAAAAUGAAGCCUGCUGCUCUGAAACAAGCUAACUCCCUGGUGUGUUUCCUUGGAAGCAAGUAACCUGCUGUCAUUGUCACCUAAAAAAAAUCCUGUUAGCUGUUAAUGCCCUAUCCCCAUAGAGCUGUGGUCAUUAUUUGCAGAAAACAAUAGUAUUACUUCUAAGCCAGUGUCCUUCAAAGCCUUGUCCCACUGGUGAACCUUGCUGUAUACUUAUGGGGGGCAGUGCAGGUGCUGAGCAGAAAGCUUGUUAUGCUGCUUUUCUUAGCUUGUUUGACAGGUCUAAUGGAGCACUGCAUUCUUACUUUUGUACUGACAGAAGUACAGGAGAAACAACUCACUGUGAGCUCAGUACUCUGCAAAAUUUCUGAUCAGAGUUGAUAGCCAAAAAAAGUCUACCAACAAGAGAGAAGAAGCUGUCUCAACAAGAUGCCAUGUUUGUAAAAUCAAGGAACCUCCCCUGUAACAAGGAAAGUAGGUGAGACAGAAGCUUUGGGGCUAGUGUAUAGAGGGUACUCCUGAAGUCUUUUUCUGAGCAGAGAAACCUGUUUUGGUAUGAAGAGAAACUUCCCAGCUGGGCCAAUGUCUGUUUUUCUCUGAUGUCUAUGGCCCUUGGCCAAAGAGUAUUUAGGAUUCUUCCUAUAGUCCAAGAAAGAGAAAACAAAUUCAGCAAACUAAAGUAGCUUAGUAAAUCAGACAAUCCCAACAAGGCUGUGUGAUCAUAGAGAAAGCAGAGGCUCUCUUCUCUCAAAUACAAGCUGUAGUCAGUUUAGUGUGAGCUCUCUCUAUUCUGCUUGAGCUGAGGUUCCUCUAAGCUCCUUGCCUGGUAUCACAGUAUUCAGUGCACAUCAGCUAGUUUUCAGUGACCACAAAAUCUGAGGAUGCCCAAGCUUGAGGCACAAGAGUGGUUGAGCUAUGAAUGCAACUUCUCUGGCUGUCCAGCCUGAGGUUUGGUCUGUGACAUGUGACAUAUCAUGUGUUGAGGUUUAUUUAGGAACUUAGUGAGGUGGCAUUACUGACAAUAGAAGCAUUAAGAGAGGGGAGCCUGGCAGUAUUUAGAAUUGCAGCCUGCAGGAUGUAGGCUGUAGGGGCUGUGCUCAGCCCAUUGCUCCUCCUGCAGCUGCGUGCCAUGCCAGUGGUCCUGCCUCUGUCCAGGAGGGCAGAGCACUGCCUGCCUCUGAGAGUUUCAGUGAUCUCCCUGGGUAUGCAGAACGCUCCUGGCUGGCUGCUGUCCUAGCAGGGAGAAAGGAGAGGUAUCUCUGGUCUGGGCAUUAGUGCUCAGCCCCUCAGAGGCCACACUGGACCUUCAGGAGCCAAGAGGAAGGAGACCUUGAAACAGAAGUGAGAGGGAUAUUGGAUGCCCAGAGAUCUUCCUGGAGAUGGUGACAGGUAGGAGCAUGGAGGACCUGGGGAUGCCACUUGAGGCAGGGUGUGGGGAGGAGGGGACUUGGAGUCACAACGGGGUUUGUGGGAGGGGCAAGAGGAGUGAGGAGGGUGAAUGAAUUUGGAACAGUAUGUAUGUUGGAGGGCUGAGGGCAGAGCAGAUACUGAUGAAGAGGCAGGAGAGAAGGAAAGAUGAGGUGCUUUGAUGUGUAGUCUGACCUGCUGUGAUACAGGCCAUGGCAGUGCUCAGAGAGAUGUGGCUGAGCUUCACCUGUCUUUUCCCUGGUUAGUUAUCCCAGUAGAUAACCGCCCUUGUAGUUCAAAAUCUGCUUUAUUUAUAGGCUCUGUUUUUGUUUCAUCUUCUGUUCCUUGUGUCUGGUUAUGCUUUCACCUUGCCUGUUAAACCAUGCUGUCAGAUACUUGCUCAGGUGUUUAUAUGCACUGUGAACAAGUUGUCUCUUUAAUUUCCUUCAAUAAACUUAAUAAAGUGAGA